CGAAGAGGCACGUGACGGUGACGGAGCCGCAGUCAGUUGAUAAAGCAGCAGAUUGCGGAGUCACGCGCUUCGGCUCCAGUGUGCGGGGUGAAUGAGGAGCAGCACGAUGAGGGCCGCGGUGCUGUGCGUGAUCGCUGCGUUGGUUCUAUGCGGGGACGCCCUGAUCCGGAUUCCCUUAAAGAAGUUCCGUUCCAUCAGGCGAGAGCUGACCGACUCCGGCAGGGAAGCCCAGGAACUCCUGGCCGACAAACACUCCCUUAAAUACAACCUGGGCUUCCCGUCCAGCAACGGACCCACGCCAGAGACCCUGAAGAACUACCUGGAUGCUCAGUAUUACGGUGAGAUCGGUCUGGGCACGCCCCCCCAGCCCUUCACUGUGGUGUUCGACACCGGCUCCUCCAACCUGUGGGUGCCCUCCGUUCACUGCUCCCUGCUGGAUAUUGCUUGCUUGCUGCACCACAAGUACAACUCGGCUAAGUCCAGCACCUACGUGAAGAACGGCACGUCUUUCUCCAUCCAGUACGGAACCGGCAGCUUGUCCGGGUACCUGAGCCAGGACACGUGCACGGUGAGUGUGACGGAGAACAUGCAGACACGUUUCCACGUGAACCUAUCGGACACGCCUCUCCUCCUGCAGAUCGGGGACAUCUCUGUGGAGAAGCAGCUGUUCGGGGAGGCCAUCAAGCAGCCUGGCGUCGCCUUCAUUGCUGCCAAGUUUGAUGGGAUCCUCGGCAUGGCGUACCCCCGCAUCUCUGUGGACGGGGUGGUUCCAGUGUUCGACAACAUCAUGCAGCAGAAGAAGGUGGACAAGAACGUCUUCUCCUUCUACCUGAACAGGAACCCGGACACGGAGCCUGGCGGCGAGCUGUUGCUGGGAGGAACAGACCCCAAAUACUACAGCGGAGACUUCCACUACGUCAACAUCAGCCGGCAGGCCUACUGGCAGAUCCACAUGGACGGGAUGGCGGUAGGCAGCCAGCUCAGUCUGUGUAAGGGGGGCUGUGAGGCCAUCGUGGACACUGGGACUUCCCUGCUCACCGGCCCGUCUGCGGAGGUCAAAGCUCUGCAGAAGGCCAUCGGAGCCAUCCCGCUCAUCCAGGGAGAGUAUAUGAUUAACUGUGACAAGAUCCCGUCUCUGCCCGCCAUCACCUUCAACAUCGGGGGGCAAAGCUACACUCUGACUGGAGAGCAGUAUGUCCUGAAAGAGAGUCAGGCUGGGAAAACCAUCUGCCUGAGCGGCUUCAUGGGGCUGGACAUCCCGGCCCCCGCAGGGCCGCUGUGGAUUCUGGGAGACGUCUUCAUCGGACAGUACUACACCGUGUUCGACCGCGACAGCAACAGGGUGGGCUUUGCUAAAUCCAAGUAAACGUGAGCUGCGCUGGAGCCAGGCUGCACGUAAUGCUGCUGCUGAGGGAAGCAGCUCUUAACCGUAGAGCAUAGAGCUGAAUGCACUGAUCAGGCCGCUGAUGAACACAGACGAGGGCCAUGACUCCAGGAUCAAAUGAUCAGAGCUUCUCUCGUGAAAGUGAUCUUUGUUUUUUCUUUGUUUUGAAUCAGGGAGUUUUAAUAUGAUCUUUUACUUCACCCGUUUGGAGGACUGCUCUUCAUUUCUGACGCUGAUGGAUUUGAGUUAAAUAAAACUGUAAACCGGUGA